CGGACUCGACCAGAACUCGCUUGCACAGGUCAGUCCAGUCACUCCGAAAGGACGCCAGAUUGAUACUAGGUCGUUUCAUAUAUCAGCUUCUAGCUCCAAAGUUCUGUAUGACGCUCAACGGCUGUCUGCCACCGCCACGUACGUAUUGGCGAGACCACUCAUCGGAACAUAUGGUUUCACGGAUUGAACGCGCCUAAUUUGUCCGUGGUAUGAAGGCUGUGUCUGAGGUAAUCAUGGUAAUCAUGACCUUGAGUGCCCUUUCCAAUGUGUUGGAGGUCAGGUUCAGGGUCACACUUUACCUCUGAAGACAGAAACAUGAAUGUCGUCAUGCAGAUCUGAAAUGGAGAGAACCUAAACCACAACCGAGGGGCCAAGCAAGAGAGCCUUCCUCUACGAGCAGCUUUCCUUCUUCCUAAUACACAUCAAGCCGCAGUGACUUGAUAUCAAUUUCUACCAUUAUCUAAAGACCAACAAUCGUUACACAUCUCACAAUGGCCAAAGGAAGCUGUCUCUGCGGUGAUGUCAAGUUCGAAUACCAAGGCGAGCCUGCAGCAAAGGCUGCCUGCCAUUGUCUUCCCUGCCGCAAGACAUCCGGUACGACCAACUCAUAUAACUUGAUGAUCCCCACCGACAAAUACAAGAUCCUCUCGGGCUCGUUGAGAACAUUCACCAGAAAGGGUGACAGUGGCAAGGACGUCACAUACAACUACUGCCAAAACUGUCCUACCGUUCUGUUCGUGCAGGUAGAAGCUAUGCCUGGUAUCAACAUUGUCAAGAUGGGCACUCUUGACGACGAGGACGCAUAUGAAGGUCUUGGCAAGCCUGGGAUGGAAAUCUACACCAAGAACAGACCGUCAUGGUGUGACCCUAUCCCAGGUGCUAAGCAGAAGGAGAGUUCUUGAAUGGGAUUCUCCAGAGUUCACAUUGGUAGAAGCGACGUAAUUGUCUCGACUCGGACAACACUGUUUGGAUAGUGGAUAGCUUUGGGACUUGUAUAAUGUUUGACUGACCGAGAGCUUGACCUAUCUUGACCAUAGUGACCAUAGUGACCAUAGUGACCAUAGUGACCAUAGUGAC